AUGCCCCAUCCCCCUCCCCCCUUUCCCCUGCCCCGGCGGGCCCCCGGCUCUGUUGUGUGUUGUGGUUUCUGUCAUUUUAUGCCAACAUGGAUCAGGAUGAUUCGAAAUCCGAGGUGAAAAAUGGAAAGGAAACAGUAUUAAAGGCUAAUAACGCUCAUCAUAAACAUGAAAAUACGUCAGGAGGUUAUCAAAUUAAUCCCAAGGCUUUGAAGGUUCACAUAGAAUUGGACUGCAUUGCUGUCCUCUUAUUCCUUUUUGGUUUAUUUAUGAGGUUGUAUCAUCUCGAUGAGCCUCGCAGUAUUGUAUUUGAUGAGCUACAUUAUGGGAAGUUUGUGGGCAUGUACAUGAAAAGAAUAUUUUUCUUCGAUCAGCAUCCUCCAUUGGGUAAACAGCUUAUUGCUGCAGUUGCCUAUCUUGCUGGAUUUGAUGGAGACUUCAAGUUCGAUAGCAUUGGAAGCUCAUACCCAGCUAACAUCCCUAUUGCUGCUCUGAGACUCAUUCCUGCUGUGAGUGGAGCUCUUAUUUUACCUACAGCACAUCAUAUUAUGCUGGAGCUUGGAUUCAGUCAGUGGACUGGGGCCCUCGCUGGUUUUUUUCUUCUCUGUGAUAACGCUUUUUUGACGCAAUCAAGAUUUAUAUUGAUGGAGCCAAUGUUGCUCCUCUUUUCAUUACUUGGACUAUUGAGCGUUCUUAAAUUUAAAAAAUUGAGGAAUCACCCCUUCUCAUUGUCUUGGUGGCUUUGGCUUGCCUUAGCUGCAACUUUCUUGACUUUAGGUGUAUGUGUGAAGUAUAUUGGAGGCCUGACUUUCACACUCUGCAUUGGGAUUUUAUUUCGUGAUUAUUGGCUACUUCUCGGAAACCGAAUGCUAAAGGGUGGCUUCUUGCUCCGACAAUUGCUAGGAAGACUUGCAGUUUUCCUUAUAAUCCCAUCUGCAGUCUAUCUGGCUGUUUUCUAUGUUCACCUCAAUGUAUUAAAUCAUGCAGGGCCACAUGAUACCAUCAUGACUAGUGCAUUUCAAGCUAGUUUGGAGGGUGGACUUGCUUCAAUCACUCAUGGACAGCCUUUGCAAGUGGCUCAUGGCUCUCAGAUAACUCUGCGUCACACUCAUGGGAGGCCUUGUUGGCUCCAUUCGCACGACGCUGUGUACCCCAUUCGAUACAGCGAUUCUCGAGGCUCAUCACAUCAGCAACAGGUGACAUGUUACACUUUCAAGGAUGUAAACAAUUGGUGGAUUGUAAAACGCCCUGAUCGCAAUGAUAUGGUUGUAUCUGAACCAGUUGAUGCUAUUCAACAUGGUGAUGUAAUACAGCUUGUUCAUGGAAUAACCAGCCGGGCUCUGAACUCCCAUGAUGUAGCUGCAGCUAUGUCACCUCACAAUCAGGAGGUUAGCUGCUACAUCGACUACAAUGUAUCAAUGCCUGCUCAGAACUUGUGGAGAGUGGAAAUUAUCAAUGAAGAUCAGACAGGUCGAGUGUGGCAUGCAAUCCGAUCUAUGGUGCGCCUUGUUCAUGUCAACACGUCACAAGCCUUGAAGUUUAGCGGCCGACAGUUACCAGACUGGGGUUACCACCAGCACGAAGUUGUUACUGAUAAACAUUUGGUUCAAGAUGAUACAGUGUGGAAUGUAGAAGAGCACCGAUACACAAAAGCUGAGGAUCAAAAGGAGCGUGAAAGGGAACUUGUGAAUGCAGAAAUGAUACCUAUGACUGCUACAAAACUUACCUUUUGGGAUAAGUUUCUAGAACUCCAGUACAAAAUGCUGUUUUCUAACACUGAGAGUGUGCAAAAUCAUAUGUAUAGUAGUGAUCCUUUAGAAUGGCCUUUUCUCACCAGGGGUGUUGCAUACUGGGUCAGCCGUGAGAGUAAUGCUCAAGUUCAUCUUUUGGGAAAUAUUGUUGUGUGGUGGUCAGCAUCAUUUGGAAUAUUUCUCUAUUCUGCACUUCUCUUGUGGUAUGUUCUGAGAAGAAGAAGAGCUUGUUGUGAUCUUCCUGAUGGAAUUUGGGAUCAAUUUAUUUCCAUUGGGGAAGUGCUUCUUGCUGGAUACCUCAUUCACUAUCUCCCAUUUUUUCUUAUGGACCGCACAUUGUUUUUACACCAUUAUCUGCCAGCGUGUGUCUUCAAAGUUCUACUUUUAGCUGCAACAGUGGAACAUAUUUAUCUCCUCCUAAGGCAUCACCUCAGAUUUAAAUUUAUUGCUGUUGUAUUCCAAGUAGUAAUAUUUAGUUGGUUACUGGUUAUUUUUUGGGUAUUCCGGAAGUUCUCUGUACUUAGUUAUGGUACUACAGCUCUAUCUGUUCAUGACGUCCUUUCCCUUCGUUGGAGGUGGUCGUGGCAUCUAAUUCUUCACAGAAAUGUUCAUCUGUAACUCCUAAACGUGCAUGGUUUUGGAGUGAUGAAUAAAGGUAUUGUAUUGUGUAGUUUGGUGUCUCAAAAAUAUGCUCAGUGGAUGUGUUUGUAGUAAAGUAUUUUGUUUGAAUCAAUUGGUUCUUGCAACAAGAAAUGAUAUAUAUUUUAGAAAAUUGUUUUAGAUUUAUAUGUUGUGGAAUUUGAUAGCUCGUUAGUAUUAUUUAUGCUCUCUGAUUUAAUGUAUUUCUCUAUUACAAUUAUACUAUUAUGAAACAAAUCAAAAGACUGAUACAUUAGAUACUUGUUCAGAUGAUUCAAAUCCAAAUUUGUUACUUAUUUUUAUAAUUUUAUGUCUGGCAGCAUGAACAUUAAUAAUGGGCAAGUGUAAAACUGGACUUUGUUUUGUGAAUUUGACGCCAUCAAGCUAGCUUCUUUUCCUGAAUUCAGGGAGGGAACCCAGCUCAGUGAAUUCAAUUCAGUUCACUGAACUGAGCUGAACAAAGCAAGCUAAUAUGGCUGGUUCUGGGGGGGACAGAAUGUCACUUUCCUUUGCAUCUCUCAUCUAACAUCUCUUUUCAUGUUUACUAAAAUAUUUCUUAACUGCCUCCUAAUAAGUUGUAAAGUGGGUCUGACGUCUGACUAAUAACAAUGUCAAGAUUUGGUUAUACUUACAUUAGUUAUCCAUGUUUUUAAAACUUGUUUAAAAUGGUCUGUUUUACUUUAGACGUAACAUCACACAUGAAGAGUAUUGCCUUUUAUUGAGUUGUUAUUGCAUUUUUUAAGGUGUUGACAUGGAUUUAUUUAUACAUAAUUGUUAUAAAAGUGAUUCUGUUUUAGCACCGUUAAAGGGCGUUUUAUAUGUCAAAAUUUUGAGAAUAGUCUGUUUUAAACAGUGGUCAGCACAUUAGCAUUGGAUUUCAAUUCCUUAGCCUUAUUGAAAUUUUUAACCGUGCUAUGGUAUAUCAGCCUGAUGUCAACUUUUUGAAAGUAUCAUUUUAUUUUUGUACUCUAAUGUUGCGCAGCUAUCUUCCUUUAAGCUCGUGUGAUUUGUUUUUAUUGCAGUAUUCGAGAUUUUAUGAGAGAAAAAUUUGUGAAUUGAAGACUGUGCGGUUAAGCAUGAGGUAUUACAAGGUACUUUUUGGUACCUAUUCAUGAUGUUUAACACCAUGCAGGAAUAAAAUAAAAUUUGUACAAGGUAUAAUUUAAUUUAAAAUGUUCAUAAAUAUCUCUAAGAACAGUGUUA